GUUGGGAAGGGACAAAGGUCAAAGUUGAGGUUCCUAUAGGGAGGGAAUCUUUGUGCUUAUGGGGUUUCCUUGGUUGGGGACUCUCUUGGGACCUUUCCUCUCAUCCCUCUCUUCUAUCCCAACCUUUCUCUUGCUCCUCUAAAUUCCUUCAGGCCGGAGGGAUGGGCACCUCCAGGCAUGAAGCCGCCCAGUGGUGAACGCGCACAAGGUGGUGCUGUGCAAGGCUCAGGUGCACAAGGUGAAGGUGCACAAGGUAAUGCCUAUCCUGGGAUGUUUCUUAUGGUUGAGGAUGUGCAUGGGCAUGAGGGUGAUGUGGGAUCUGUGGGAAAGGUUGUGAUGCACCCUCUCACGCACUGGGUGAUUGAUUCAGGUUGCACCAGUCACAUGACCCCACGGGCAGAUUUGCUUGAUGAGGUAAAACCCCCUGGGAAGAUCAAGUAUGUGGCAGCAGCGUCAGGUGCUUUGCUCCCUGUCAUUGGUGUUGGAAAUGCCAAGGUUAAGGGAGCUAAUGGGGAGCUUGUGGGGCUUGGGAAUGUUCUGCUGGUUGAAGGCUUGUCUGCUAACCUUCUCUCUGUGCGACGACUGCAGAAGAGCAAGGCCGAAGUGACCUUUGGACCAACCAGCUGCCAUGCUAAGCUUGGGAAGAAGGUGCUGUGGAGUCUGGAAGAGGAGACCAGCUGCAUCAAGGACCUGUGGCAGCUGCCCAUCAUCCCAUGGAAUGGGAAGACUCCAACAGCAGCAACGGCAGCAACGGCAAAGGCAACAGCAGGAGGAGAUGCAACUGCACCAACUGAUGGGGUCCUGGAAGCAGUCAAGAAAGUGCAGCAGCAGCAGACACAUGGCGAGGUGCUUGCUGGUGUGGAUGCGAGUGCGGCAUGGGCUAAGGCUUCAUCAAGGAGUGGAGAGGCCGAUUGGGAGACAUGGCAUGAGAGGCUGUGUCAUGUGAACUUCCCUAUGCUGCAGAAGUUGGUGAAGGAUGGGAGCCUGAAGGGCUUGGAGGUGAAAGGGGGAGUGAAGGAGAUUGGGAGCUGCCCUACAUGCUUGGAGACCAAGUUCUCCAAGUUCCCCUUCAACAGCACUACAGGACCAGCCAAGACCCCACUUGCACUUGUGCACAUGGAUGUGGUGGGGCCCACAAGAGCCCCUUCCCUCUCAGGCAGCCGCUAUUUCUUGACAAUUGUGGAUGACCACACUCGGGCAGUGUGGGUUUACCCUUUGAAGAGCAAGGGGGAGGUGGCAGCGGCUGUCCUUAAGGAGUGGAUGCCUAGAGCUCAGAGGGAAUGCGGAUACAAGGUGAAGGUGAUCCGUAGUGACAAUGGUGGGGAGUUCAUUGGAGCUGAUUUUGAGGGGGAGUUGAAGAGGAAGGGGAUCCAGCAUCAACUGACAGUGCCCUACAACCCGCAGCAGAAUGGCGUGGCUGAGAGGUUCAACAGGACCCUGCAGGAGGGGGCACGCACUCUCCUUGGGCGUGCAGGGCUGCCUGAUCCAUUUUGGGUGUCUGCACUGAGGCAGGUCGCCCUUGUGAAGAACAGGGUGCUGGCUACAGUUGGAGAUAAGGAGUGGAUCCCAUAUGUCAAGUGGUAUGGGAGUGCUCCAGCUGUGAACAUGCUGAGGGCAUUUGGGUGCAUGGUGGUGUUUGAUGUGCCUAAGGAGAAAAGGGGGAAGUUGGAGGCUUCUGGAAGAUGGGGUGUGCACUUGGGGAUUGCAAAGGAUCACAAGGGUUGGCUGCUAUGGGACUUGACCACCCAGAAGCUGACAGUGUCAAGGGAUGUGAAGUUUCUGGAGUCCCUGUACUACAAGGAAUGGAAGCAGCAGCAACAGAAGCUUCCAUCUACACCGCUCAUUGUGGAGGCAGACGAGGUGCAGCAGCCUUCAAGACAGGUGGAGGUUGCAGUGUCAGAGGAGGAGAUGUCUGGGGUGACUGAGGAAGGGGGAGCAGCUGAAGUAGAGCAGCAGCAGCAGCAGCAGCAUGAGUCUCCAUCUCGAGUUCCACACCCGCCUGAGCGACCUAGGAGGGAUGUGCGCCCUCCGGGACAAAGGUCAAAGUUGAGGUUCCUAUAGGGAGGGAAUCUUUGUGCUUAUGGGGUUUCCUUGGUUGGGGACUCUCUUGGGACCUUUCCUCUCAUCCCUCUCUUCUAUCCCAACCUUUCUCUUGCUCCUCUAAAUUCCUUGUGAGAUUCUUGAACUUUGAUUGAACCUUUGAGAU